AUGGUAUACUGUAUAUCCUGUUCAGAUUUCUCCAAACAAAGAGAAGAUGCUAGUAAUUCUAGUAAUUACUCUUCACAAGAGUAUAGCAGUAAUUUUCAUAAAAAAUAUAGUAAAAAGCAUAAAUCUUGCCUUAAGUCUUAUUCUUUCAAGCAACAUCAUAGUAGAUCUCAUUCCAGUUCCUUCCGACAAGCUAGUAGUUCUAGCAAUUAUUCCUUACCAGAAAAGUAUGAUAAUAGUUCCCAUAAAGGAAAGCAGCAUGGAUCUUCAUUCUUAAAAAAAAGUAGUAACAAGCAAUGUCAUCGUCAAAUUGAUGAACAACUAUUUAAUCAAAACAGACAAAUAUAUCUGCUACUAUUAAAGCAUAAUGAUGAUCUAAAUGAAAUUAAAAAUAACCUCAAACAACAAAGAGAUGGUGCCCUAUCUCAAGAAUCUGUGGAAAUUAUUGCUGCAGUAGAAUCUACAAUUUCUGAUGAAAAUGAAUAUACAAUAGUUGAAAUUACAAGUGAAACCCAAGAACAAACAACUACGCAAAAUGCAUUGAACUCAAGAGAAGUUAAUGAUGAGCUCUUUAGUGUUUAA